AUGACUCGUUUGUCAUGGUUGAUUUUAGCGGUUACUAUCCAGCUUACAAUUGCUGACGAUUGUGAUCUUUGUCACAAAAUGGCUCAAUAUGUCUUAUCGUUUAAAGGGCAAGCCUACGCUGACGUGAAAGCGAAAGCGAUUUCCUCAAUCAGAACGUUUCCCACUUCGGAUCAACCGUUUCUCAAUAAUUUGAUCAGCUACAACUUCCGCAAACUCUACAUGGAUGUGAAUAGUGCAGCAAGUGGAAUGACCCCAUCGACCUCUUGCUCUGAUAUGGGAUUCUGUGAUACAAAGGACGAGUUCAAAGCUCCAUUCACCAUUUUCGACUACAAGAGCUCGUUCUGGGAUGAUCACUCAGCUGUCAAAAAUACCCGUGACAAGACGAUUAUUGUCGUUCAUCACACCGUUGAUCCGACUCUUCCUGACACAAUUCUCUCAUUGAAAAACGCAGGGCUUUCUGUGCAAUAUAUUGUUGACAGAGAUGGAAAAAUUUAUCGUCUCGUGGACGAUUACAGACGAGCCUACCAUGCGGGAGCUGGAAUUUGGCGCGGAGAUGGAUGCACCGUCGAUGACACGAACACUCGCUCGGUCGGCAUUGAGACAGUUAACACUGGAGGAGAGCCCUAUCCGGACGUUCAGGUAAAAGCUCUGCACCAAUUAAUCAGCUAUUUGCGAACGAAAUGGCACGUGGAACCACAAAAUAUUAUUGCUCAACAAAAAGAAGUUGUUCUAUCGGAUAAAGUAAAGAAUGCCACUCUCUUGAAAGAAGUGCAACAGAAGCUUUACGAGUACGGUCAUGGAUACAUUGUUGUUGGAGAUCCGUACAGCACCUCAGCCACCAGCAAAGUCACCACCGCACUCGCCAUUCAGGCGUUCAACCGAAAGUUUUGUCCAGAGGUAUUCAUUCUCGAAUCGGUAAAAAACGGAAACGAGGUGACACAUGCUGAGAAUCUUCAGACCUACAAGCUCACUGUGGAGCGACUCAACUGGUUGCACGCACACACGAAGCUUCCCAAUUGCACAAACUAU